AUGAAUGCAUGCCAGAGAGCUUCCGCCAGAAAUAAAAAAGGUACUCAUGUAAUUAUCGAUUGCACAGAAGUUAGGUGCCAGACGCCUAGCAGUCUACUUUUCAACAGUGAACUUUUUAGUUCAUAUAAGAACCAUGUAACCCUUAAAGGCCUAGUAGGCAUCACACCAAGUGGAGCUGUGACAUUCAUUAGCCAACUUUACACAGGAAAUAUCUCAGACAGAGAACCUGUCACCAGGAGUGACUCUGUUAUGGAAGACAAGGGCUUUACAAUCGAGGACAUAUCGCCUUUGGGAGUUUCCCUUAAUAUUCCUCCAUUCCUGAGAGGAGACUCUCAGAUGUCUCCAGAG